AUGUUAUCCUCUAUGCCUGUCAGUGAAAUACAAGCCAAAUACCAAAAUUGUGGAGAUGUGUCAUUAGUGACUAUAUCAAAUGCAAAGAAAAGACUUCUUGUCAGUGAUACAAAAUACAAUUCAACCGCAAAUAUAAGCUGUGAUAUUGGAUAUUACGAACAAAAUACAACGCAAACAGAAGGGAUUUCAACUGCUGAGAUAAGAUGUGGUGACAAUGGAUCAUGGACCAAUUUACCGACGUGUGUUCGGAAAGACUGUCAUAAUGUGAGCGGAAUCAAAAUAGAUAAUGCAGCCAAUAGACGCCAGCAUUAUGACACCAAGUACAAUUCUACAGCAGACAUAGACUGUGAUGAAGGAUACUAUAACGUCAAGGACAAUCAAACGACAGGAAUAUCAACCACAACAAUAAGUUGUUCUGAGCAUGGAACAUGGGUGAACAUGCCUACGUGCGUAAUGAAAGAUUGUGGCAAGUUAGACAUACUGAAUAUAUCAAAUGCUAAAUCUAGGCUUCUUUUCGGUGACACAAACUACCAGUUGACAGCUGCUAUAAGCUGUGAUACUGGAUAUACUGAUAAAAAUAAACUGCAGACAGUGGAUACAUCAGCAUCUCAGAUUAAGUCUUCUACCAAUCGAACAUGGGAAAAUGUACCGAACAUAGACAAUGCAGCCAGCAGACGUCUGCAUAAUGACACCAAGUAUAAGUCAACAGCAGAUAUAGACUGUGAUGAAGGAUACUACAGCAAGAUGCAAGGUCAAACAGCUGGAAUAUCAACUACAACGAUAAGUUGUUCUGAGCAUGGAACAUGGGUGAAUAUACCCACGUGCGAACGGAAAGAUUGUGGAAAUAUGUCACCACUGACCAUACCAAAUGCAAAGAAAAGACUUCUUGUCAGCGAUACGAAAUACAAUUCAACCGCAAAUGUCAGCUGUGAUAUCGGAUAUUACGAACAAAAUACAACGCAGACAGAAGGAAUUUCAACUGUUGAGAUAAGAUGUGAUGAGAAUGGAUCAUGGACAAAUUUACCGACGUGUGUUCGGAAAGACUGUCACGAAGUGAGCAAUAUAAUAAUAGAGCAUGCGGCCCGUAGACGUGUACAUAAUGACACCAAAUACAAUUCAACAGCAGAUAUAGACUGUGACGAAGGAUAUUACAACAUCAUGGACAAUCAAACAAUUGGAAUAUCAACUACAACAAUUAUUUGUUCCGAGCAUGGAACAUGGGUGAAUAUACCUACGUGCGUACGGAAAGAUUGUGGAAAGUUAGACAUGCUGGAUAUAUCAAAUGCUAAACUCAGGCUCACAUUAGGUGAUACAAAAUACCAGUCGAAUGCUGUCAUACGCUGUGAUACUGGGUAUACUGAUCAAAAUAAACCCCAGACAUUGGAUACAUCUGCAACUCAGAUCAAGUGUUCUGCCAAUGGAACAUGGGCAAAUUUACCGAAAUGUGUAAAGAAAGAUUGCGGCAAUAUUUACAAUAUCAGCAUAAAAAAUGCAGCCAAUAGACGCCUGCAUAGUGACACCAAGUACACUUCAACAGCAGAAAUAGACUGUGAUGAAGGAUAUUACAACAUCCAUGAUAGUCAAACGACUGGAAUAUCAGCUACAACAAUAAAUUGUUCUGAGCAAGGUACAUGGGUGAAUAUACCCACGUGUGUACGAAAAGAAUGUGGAGGCUUAAGCCUGUUAAAUAUAUCAAAUGCUGAGAACAGGGAUCCUAUUAAUGGCACGAAAUACAACUCGAUAGCAAAUAUUAGCUGUGAUGCUGGAUAUAAAGAACAAAAUGAAAGUCAGUCAGAAGGAAUUACAAGUAUCUUUAUAAGAUGUGACGAAAAUGGAACAUGGGCAAAUCAACCUACGUGUGUCAGGAAGGAUUGUGGUGAUUUGUAUAAUAUCAGCAUAGACAAUGCAGUCCAUAGACGCCUGCAUAAUGACACCAAGUACAUGUCUACAGCAGAUAUAGACUGUGAUGAAGGAUACUAUAACCAUAAUCAAACUCAGACAACUGGAAUAUCAACUACAACAAUAAAUUGUUCGGAACAUGGAAUAUGGGUGAACAUGCCUACAUGCGUACAGAAAGGAGAAUAUUGCACUGCUUCAAUAUUCAGGAACUUUAUUUAG